GUCAAUCCUUUUGGCUUUGGACAUUCACACCAAUUUUUCUUCUGUCCAUAACAGAGAAUGCUUUGGAGUAGGAGGAGGAGACUCUGCAAACAAGAUGCUAAAGCCUGCAAAUGAUUCUAACAAAAUAUGAUAAAAGAGCUUAAUCAAUCUUCCGUUAUGGCAGUAGACCACUGUGAAAAUGAAUGAAAAGUGAAGAAUAUAUAUGUGUGUGUGUAAUAUAUAUUUCUGUCAAUGCUAACGUACAGAUUCUUGAUGGUCCGUACACGUCAUUUUGGGUUUCAUGAUUCCGUUGGAUGCGAAUUUUGCGUUGAAUCUAGAAAGCGCAGAAAAUGAACAGGAAUUGGCCGAGAUAUUGACAUUCGUGUAUUGCUUCCUGAAUGGAGAAAAGCAACUCCGUAUCCGGUUUCAAUUUCUGAGCAUUCCGGGGAUGAGAUUGAACGGAGGCGGCGUGCGAACCCUAUCGUUGUUAAUUUCGGAUUUUGUAAAUGGAUCCUAAUUUCGGGUUUAACUCCCCGGCCAUGGGUGCGCAAAAAGCGGCAUCCCAACGGGCGGCGAGACCACGGGUGAGCAAGAAGAAGUACACGAAGGCUCCAAAUCGCUCCUGCAGUUUGGGUAGGGAUGAUGAGUCCUCAAGUUUCAACUGGUUUCGUCCUGCCUCGUGGGAUCCUGGGGGUCAGGUGAUUUCUGGUUCUUUGGGGAGUAGUGGUUACGAGGGAUUAAAUGGGAAUACGGAAUUUGUGUUUGGUGCAAAGAAAGAUGGCAGUGAAAGUAGUAUUUUGAACACAAAUAGUUGUGGAAAUAUGGAGGAUGACGAUAAAGGAGAUGAAAUGAGAAGAUUGAAACAGCAUUUGAAUGUGAACAACAAAGAUUGUAGAGAAGAAGAAAUUGGUGAUUCUGAUACACAAAUGCUGUUGACCAAAGAGGUACAAAUGGGAAAUGCUGCCUGCACACCAAAAUUUGAUGGCAUAAAACUUAAUAAUAAUUCUUCAAGUGGAAGUAGUAAUUUGCAGCGUUGCGGCUCUGAAAGUGUUGCAUUUGCUGGUGUUAAACUCUUGAAUGAGACCAGAAAAUUGGAUAUGAAGAAAGAUAGUGUUGCAUGUGAGUUGAAGCAGCCUCCUGCAGCAGCAUUUGGGGGAAUACAUUCUUUCGGCAGAAGCUCUGAGAAUGAACAUCAACCUGAUGAACUGAAUAAUAAUUUACUUCGUAUAAAAGAGACGAUGAAUAACCUCGGUGGUGUUGGUUCAAGCGAGGAAAAGAAUAGCUUUGUCUUUGGAGGAUGUGGAAACACUAAAAUGCAAUUGGAUGAUGUUAGCAAGUCGAACAUUAGAAGGCUUUCACUUUCAGGUCAACCAACAAAACAUUUGCCACCUGUUCUGGCAAAAAUUAAAACCGACACCAAGAGUAGUGAUAUUUUGAAUGACAAGAGUUGUUUAAAUGUAUCUUCUGGUUCAAUUCCUUCAGAAUUCAGUUUUCAGGCUGUGAAGAAAGAGAGUAAGGUCUCUCAGGUUCAAGUUCACAAUCAAAGCAAUACACUCUCCACCCUGCAGGAGGAUUGGCCUAGAAACAAUGUUGAGUUUAGUUUCAAUGGCACACCAGAUACUGCUGUAAUGCAGCACCAUGUAGUAGAAUUCAGAACAACAACCCUAAAGGGUAGUUUGAAUAGGAAACCUGAAACAAAAAGGAAUCCAACUAAAGAUAUCAGAUUGAAGAAAAAGAAAGGGAAACUUAAGAAAGCAAUUUCUGAUCCACUUAAGUUUGGACAAGACUACUUGCAACUGAAUGCACAAUCUUCUGAAUCAUAUUCAGUAAUGGAUAUUUCUCCAUAUCAAGAAACACCAACAGAAAACACUUUCACAAGGGUACCUUCUGGCAUUUCUAAUGAGAUCAUCAAUCAGAAUGGUAAUUCGUUGACGGACUCACAUCUGCUGGUUUCAAAUGGUACCACAGAUCAGCAUCUUGCUUGUGAAACAGAACACUCGGAUAUUAAUGAUAACUCUAUAAAACAUCAUGAACUUGAACAAGUGGAAUCUUGGGACUCUAACAGUCAAAGUUCUUUUGCUGAGGGACCUUAUGAAAAAUCUUUUUCUGGAGCCAAGACUGACAACUUCGGAUCUGCUAUUCAUCAUCUAGAUUAUAGUGUUGAUUCCCUUGUUACUGCAGCUGAAAAUAAAAGGAGUUCUAUUGCACCCAUUGAGAAGGAAGAUAGUGAUGGGAGCACUCAUACAAAUUUAGAAGACGCAUGCCAGACCAGCUUCAUAUUUUCUGCAUCUUCUACUGAAAGAGUUCAGCCAUCAGUGGUAACAUGGCACCAGAAGAAGAAAAGCCAAAGAAGAAUUCGAAAUGGUCCAAGUAUUUCCACUUCAAGUUCAAAAGUUUCAUAUUCAUGCACUCCUGUGAAAUCUUUUCAAGUUUGUGCAUCUUCUUUCUUAUCUCCCAGUCAGGGUCAACAAGGUAAUAUACCUGCAUUGUCAAGCCGAAGCCUGAGCAGAAAUGGAUCAUUUAAGAAAAAAGUGGUCAAGCUAGGAAUUAUGUCUACUGCUGAUGUAAACAUGGCAGCUCAUGAAACAUGUGAAAGAUGGCGAUUAAGGGGAAAUCAAGCACAUGCUAGUGGAGAUUUAUCUAAAGCAGAGGACUGCUACACUCAAGGGGUUAAUUGUAUAUCUCAAACCGAGACAUCUAAGACUUGUCUUCGGGCAUUGAUGCUGUGCUAUAGCAACCGUGCUGCAACACGAAUGUCUUUGGGGAGAAUGAGAGCAGCACUAGAGGAUUGUUUGAAUGCCACUGCACAGGAUCCAAACUUCCAUAGGGCCCAAGUUCAAGCGGCUAACUGUUGCCUCGCCCUAGGAGAAAUACAAAAUGCAUCCAAGUAUUUUAUGAAGUGCUUGCAAGAGGGUAGUGACACCUGUGUGGACAGAAAGCUACUGGUGGAAGCCUCAGAGGGCUUGGAGAAGGCACAGAAAUUAUCAAAUUACAUGAAGCAAUCUGCAGAGCUCUUAGAAAGAAGAACAACCAAUGAUGCAGAGUAUGCCUUGGCUGUUUUAGCUGAUGCUUUGAUGAUAAGCUCUUACUCAGAGAAGUUACUUGAAAUGAAAGCAGAUGCUCUUCUUAUGCUGCAGAAGUAUGAAGAAGCAAUUCAGCUAUGUGAGCAGACAUUUACUUCUGCUCAGUUAAACACUUCCACUUCAGAUUCUGAGCCAGCAAACUUGGAUGCUUCUAACAAACAGAGGAGUGAUUCACAUAGGUUUUGGCGUUGUUUGGUAACUGUCAAAUCCUACUUUCAUCUGGGAAAGCUUGAGGAAGCUGAUAAUUUUUUGAAAAAGCAAGAGAAAUCAGUGUCUCCCACAAAUGGUGGUGGAAGCAGAACCCCAGCUUUGCAAUCUAUUAUACCUUUAGCUGCAACAGUACAUGAGUUGUUACACCUCAAGACUGCUGGAAAUGAAGCAUUUCAGUCGGGGAAGCAUGCAGAGGCUAUUGAAUAUUACACUGCUGCAAUAUCUUGCAGUGUGGAGUCACGCCCUUUUGCAGCAAUUUGUUUCUGCAAUCGUGCUGCUACAUUUCAAGCUAUUGGCCAGAUUGUGGAUGCAAUUGCAGAUUGCAACCUGUCUGUAGCCCUUGAUGGAAACUAUGAAAAGGUAAUUUCUAGACGAGCUUUAUUGCUUGAAAUGAUAAGGGAUUAUGAACAAGCAGCUUCAGAUCUUCAAAGACUUAUUUCCCUUUUAAUGAGGCCAAUGGAAAAUAAAAUUAACCAGUCUGGACCAUCUGAUAAAACGAGUUUCAUGAGUGAGAUCAGGCAAACUCAGCAGAAGCUUUCUGCAAUUGAGGAAGAAAGCAGAAAGAACAUCCCUUUAAAUAUGUACUUAAUUCUGGGAGUUGAUCCAUCUGCUGCGCAAUCGGAAAUUAAGAAGGCUUAUCGAAAAGCUGCACUCAAGCAUCACCCUGACAAGGCUGGGCAAUCACUACCUAGAAAUGACAACCCAGAUGAUGGGAGACAAAUAUCAGAAGAGGUUCGAAGAAAUGCUGACAGGCUUUUCAAAAUGAUUGGGGAGGCCUAUGCACUGCUUUCAGAUCCUGGAAAGCGUUCACGGUAUGAUCUUGAAGAAGAAACAAGGAAUGGUCAACACAGGGGCAAUGGAGGCAGCACAAUGAAAACACACAUGGAUUUUCAGAACUAUCCCUUUGUUGACAGAAGUGGGAAUAGGUGGCAGAAGGGAGAUGUUUGGAGGACAUAUGGGAAUUCUUAGGCCGAGAACUGGAUGGUAUUAACGUUCUCUCUCUCUGCUUCCUUCCAGUAGGCUUGCAUGUUUAUAGCUACGUUGUUGCUGAAUUGAUAGGUAAAAGCUAGCUUUGAAUUGAAUUAUGAGAUGCUCGGAGACUUUAGGUGUGCUAUAUGAUCACGAGAAUAGUUGUUACUGUAUAGCUGAUUUGAAGAUUCGGUUCAGUUCAGUAGCUUUACAGACGACAAUGAGCAGAGCAUUGUGUUUGAGGUGCAUACAUUAAUUGUGCUCGGAAAACAAUUAAAUGGAUCUUGUACAUAUGUUGUUGAAGCAAGAUUAUAUUGUACGUCGUCGCUAGAUUCCUGAAGCCGGACAGUACUUUGUUGUUUGCUUCAUUGAAGGACUUGACUAUUGCCACAGAUUGUAGUAAGUAGUUUAUCUGUUAUCUGUAUUGAUGAUUAAUCGUACAUAAGUUUAUUUGUAGAUGGAGUUCAGAAUUCCCCAAAUUUUAAUUUGUUUUGAUAAAUCUUGAUUUC